AUGGGUAUUUCAUCUUGUUCAAGAACUAGAAGGCGUGGUUUGGUCAUAAUCCUGCUGCUGCACCUAACAGCGGCGGUUUACGGCAGCAAUUACUUUGAAGAUUUCGACAUCACAUGGGGCGGAGGCAGGGGAAAAAUUGUGAACAACGGCGAGCUUCUCACUCUGUCUCUAGACUCCACCUCUGGUUCGGGCUUCCAGUCGAAGAAGGAGUACUUGUUCGGAAAGAUCGACAUGCAGCUCAAGCUUGUGCCCGGAAAUUCCGCCGGAACUGUCACCGCUUAUUACUUGUCGUCACAAGGGGCGAAUCACGACGAAAUAGAUUUCGAGUUCUUGGGGAACUUGAGCGGCGAGCCGUACACGAUACACACAAAUGUGUACUCGCAAGGGAAGGGCGACAGAGAGCAGCAGUUUCGUGUGUGGUUCGAUCCCACUGCCGAUUUCCACACUUACUCUAUCCUUUGGACUCCACAAACUAUUGUGUUCUCAGUGGACAACGUGCCGAUAAGGGAGUUCAAGAAUUUGGAGAAGAUGGGAGUGGCAUUCCCAAAAGGGCAGGCAAUGAGGCUGUAUUCAAGCAUAUGGAAUGCGGAUGAAUGGGCGACGAGAGGUGGGCUGAUCAAGACUGAUUGGAGCAGGGCUCCCUUCACCGCUGCGUAUACAAACUUUGGGUACAUGGCGUGGAUGCCUCUCCAUUUGGAUUCUAGCAUCAACCAAGCCAAACUCAGAUGGGUCCAGAGGAAUUUCAUGAUCUACAACUACUGCUCCGAUGCUAAGCGCUUCCCCGCCGGCUUUCCCCCUGAGUGUCGUGCUUAAACCCUACCAUAUCCACUACAUGCUUGCAGGAGCUUUCUCUUGUACAUAUACAUAUUUUUUUUAUAUAAAUAAAUUAAUGUUCGAUGGUA